AUGAUUUUGUCUUAGAAAUAAUGGGAAUAUUUAAAGGAUAUGAAUGAUGAUAUUUGGGUAACAUAUAGUUACAUAGGGAUUCCAAUAUAAAUAGUGAUGAUAAUUUAUAAAAUCUUUUAUCCAAUAUAUUGGUAGGAAGUAAAAAGAAUGAAAGAAUUUCCAUCACUAUUACAGGGUAUUAUUCGAUGAACCCUUUAGAUAAAUUAAUAAGACCAUUCAUUUUUUAUGGACCAAUAUAUUACUUAUUUGAUAUAAUAAUAAAAGUGGGAAGUGGAAAAGCAUAUGAAUCAGCAUGCAGUCUGUCAUUUUUGUCACAUCAUGUGAUAACUUUAUUAUUUUUGCCAUUAGCUGUAUAUAGUAAGCAUGUACCUUGGUUUAUCAUAGUAUAUAUAUUAUUUUAACAAUGAAUUAGAGCCCUGGGUUAUUUCAUGCAUUUUUGUUAUGUUUUAAACAUAGUUAUUUAUAAUAUAUUUAUUUGAUGGCAGUAUUAUUAUAUCAUUAUGGAAUUUUGUAACCUCCAUUCAGAGAGUAAUAAAUAUAUUAAAUAUAGUAUGGUUUAAUACAAAUUAUUGAACAUAGGAACAAUAUUAUUAUAUGUAACAAUAAUAGCAUUAUGGUUGAAUGGUUGUUCUCAUUGA